AUGAAGACAACAAUCGCUUACAUCAUCGCUGCGACCCUCUUCGGAGCUACGCAAGCAGCAAUCACUCCGGUGAACAACAUCAUCCGCCACGAGUACAACAUGAAUGCGAGAGCAGGCGUACACGGCAAUAUCGAGCGAGAGGAGGCCAACUUCAACCCCGACGCCGAUGUUUUGCAGCCUGUAGUUUGA